AUGAGCGCAACGGGUCGUACCCCUUUCGCUGACUGGCUCUUCGGGAUAGUGGCAUCUCAUCCGGCCAAACCUGCUGGCCCCGGCCAGCAAUCGACGCUGCCCCUCAUCCCUGACGACCUCAAGUCUGCGUCGCACCACAACCUCGCGUCCCCUUCGGAGCGCCGCGGUGGCUCGCGAACUGCCCAGUCUACUCCAAUGCACAGUCGUGAGUCCUCCACGGUCCGUGGACGAGCUGCCGACCCUUCCGCCCUAGCCCCGACCUCCCUCCAAACCCGCCGUGGCCAUUCGGGCUCGAAAAGUCCAGAUGUCUCCUCGGCCAGCCGACCGGCCGGAUAUGACGUGGGAUUGGAAAGACGACCGUCCAACUCUUACGGUCACCACCGCCAGACCUCCAUCGUCCAUGGCAUGCAGCACUCCCGCAACCCCAGCAUGGCCGGCUCCACCGCCUCCACCAGUCCCUUGAGCCCGGAGCUGAUCGCGUCGCUGGGUCGUGGUGGAUUCGACGAGGCCACCCUCCCGACCAAACUGGACCAGCUCGACUCGCAUUCGAAUUAUUCGAGUCCGGCCACGAUGACGGCAAGCCACGGACUGGCCGGCACGCUGAGUACGAUCGAGGACAACGAUACCGAGGAGGCCAAGAUGGGGAGCCCGGCGAGUGUCGUGCAUAAACGUAUGAACUCCGGAGGGAAAGGCGCCGGAGCGACGGGGCGACGAGAUCGAUCGCAUAGUCGCUCACAUUCGAAACAUCAUUCGGAAUCGAAGACGGUGGGCGAGUAUGCGUUGCACCAUUUGUUCAACUCGUUCGUGGGACAAGCGGAUAGCAAAAUCAAUCAGGCGAUCGUGAAAUUGGGCGAGUCAGAAGCUCCGGUGGAGGAGGUUUGCGGACCGGGAGCAGACCCCAACUUCGACCAGUUGAUUUCGGCCUUGGGUCAUAUCGCGAGACAGAAACCUAAACCGUUGAUUGAUACGAUUAUGUUGUGGCGAAAGGGCAAGGGAGAUGCAGCAAGUACCGCAAGACACAUGACAAACGACCUGCCGAAACCGAUGUUGACGGAAAAUGGUGUGCUCAUGCGUCGCAACACCGAACCAACUCAGGCUCCCGGGGACCAAACGCCUACUGAUCGAUUGCAACAGCCAACACCAUUCCUCGGCCGUCACGACGAUAUUGCCUUGGUUGAACGUCGGGCUACUGUUUCAGUGUACUUGGUUUGCAGAGUUCUGAUUGAAAUCUUUAAUCAGAGCAAUCUUGCUUCAAUCACACUUGACAUGGCAGACCGUCUGGAAGACAUUGUGUUUGGCCAGAUCAAGACAGUUGAUCCAGAUCAGAUUUCCGCCUCCCCUCUGCGCAUGGCCAACUGGAGAAUCUACGGCCAACUCUUGGGCAUCAUGAGUGAACAGAAUUUUACCAGCGUCGCCAAUCGUUUCCUUGCAGAGCUUGAAAAGUAUCAAAAAGAUGAGGCGGCCCGCGGUCCUUCUCGUGAUGGCGAUGCGAAAUCCGAGCUUCUCAUUCUGGGUAUGAGAUAUUUGCGCCUUCCCACUAGUCCCGAAGGCUGGCCUAAAGCUUGUGACUUUAUGCGGUCUAUGGCUCGAUUGUUUGUCAAUGCUCACGGUCAAAAGAUCAAGCAAGCGUAUUGCUACGUGAUCGAAAAACUUCUUCUUCCCGUGGCUGCAAACCCGAUCGCUGACCUCUCACUUCCUCGAUGGAAGGAGUUUUUGGAUCUGGUGCAGCCGCGUCUGGCGCAACUUCUCACGAAGCCUCGUCACUGGGCUGCCUCUUUUUCUUUGAAUGUGUUGCUGCUAUGCAUCUCUAGUAAGGAGACGUUUUCCUCUCAAUGGUUAUCGAUGAUAUCGAGUUUGCCAGCCAAGUUAAAAGACCGUCCAACCCGUGCUCCAGCUCUCCAGGCCAUCUGCCGCCUUGUCUGGACCUACUUUUUCCGCUACUCGGACUCCCCCACCACAACAUUGCGCAAGGUAGAGGAAGUAGCAAAGAUUGCACUGCCCACUGGAAGACGGACAUACCUCAGCGCAGAGCCGGCCUUUGCGGACCCGCUGAUCCAGUUGAUUCGAAUGAUUGGAUUCAAGCACCCGGACGUUUGCUUCCGCAGUAUUAUUUUCCCCUUGAUCAACUCCGACCUGUUCUUAUCGGGCCGCGAGUUGAAGAUAGAACAGAUGGAGCCCGAGAAGAUGGUUAUUGGAAUUCGUGCCUUCUUGGCUACCAUGUCUGAUCUAGAGACGAGCGAUCAACUUUGCCCUCCUUUCCCGACUGGCUCUUUGCCAAACCCAUUUAUGGACAUCCCAGCACCUAUUAAUUUCCAUCGACCUCAAUUACUUGCAGAACCUAAAGUCGGAGCUGCGUCCCAAAAGACUGUCCCGUCUUCGCCGUGCCCGGUCAACAUCUCAAGGUUGAGUGAUAAUGUCAAGGAAUAUUAUCUUCGUUUCUGCGAAGUGCUUGGAAAAAUCACAAUCCUGUGCGACAAUACAUUUGGCGGACAGGCAGUCUUGGACGAAAAGUUUGGCGGAACAACACCUAAAACACCUAUUACAGAAGCAUUUGGCUUUGGAAGACGUGAUGACCAUUUAAGUACUUUGGACCAAAAGCAAGGGUUCUAUGACCUUCUUCAUGUCGCAGUCCAAGCCCUGCCGCGCUGUCUUUCUGAUCAUAUCCCCUUCAAUUCUCUGAUCAACCUUCUCUGUACCGGCACUGCCCAUGUCCAAUCCAACAUCGCUACCUCCUCAGCCGAAUCGCUCAAGGCUAUCGCCAGACAGUCCCAUGCCCAGCAAGUCACCAUUGGAUUUGCAAGAUUCAUCUUCAACUUUGAUGCCCGGUACUCGACAAUGUCUGACGAGGGAAUGCUCGGCCCAGGCCAUAUUGAAUCUACACUGAGACUGUAUGUUGAGCUGCUGCGAAUUUGGAUUGAUGAGAUCAAGCAGAAAACCAAGGAGGCGGCGUCAGACCAACUAGAAAAAUCUACUUCUGGCAGUCGAGCCCUGCACCUUGACUUGUCAAGUGUUCUUGCCCAUGUGGAGGAAAUCGAGUCUCAUGGCCUCUUCUUUCUCUGCUCGCAGUCUCGACGAGUUCGGGCCUUUGCUAUCAACGUUUUACGACUCAUCACCGAGUUCGACAGCGCACUCGGGAAGGAGAACACACGGAUUAUUCAGAUUCUCGAAGCUGACUCCCAACAGAUCUUGGAUUUGAAUGACGAACAUCUCACAGUUGCUGAGAGGAGUCGGAUUCAGAAGGGAAAAAGACGCAGUGCAUCACAGAAUACUCUCAUUGAGCUAUGCAGCAGCGAAGUUUCCUAUGAUUCAACACUCUGGGCUAAAGUAUUCCCGAACAUUAUUCGUGUCAGUUUCGAGGCUUGCCCUUUUGCUGUGACUCUUGGUCGAGAGAUUGUCUGCGGCCGCCUGGUCCAGAUGCAUAAGAUGAUUACAUCGCUUGCUGAACGUACGAGGCAUCCUCAAUACUCCCCGGUAGACGUUUACCAGAGCCGACCUCUGGGUCGAAGCAACAUGACGGCGGAAAUUUUGGUCGAGCAAUGGAAGCUGUACCUGGUCAUGGCCUGCACUACUGUCACCAGUGUUGGAGCGCAGUCCCAGAGCCAGCUGGCGAAUGCGCAGCACGCUCGUAAGGCCUCGAAGGGAGCACAGUCCUCGGACAAGAUUAGCUCCGCUCGGAGUCUGUUUGCGUUCGUUAUACCUCUACUCGGUGCUGAACGAGAUUCGAUCCGGAACGCCAUUGUGGUGGCACUCGGCGCUAUCCACAAGAAUCUCUACCGUACUCUUUUGGAAUCACUGCGGUAUGCAGUCACGACCUGUGACGAGGAGGCCAAAAUUCGCAUUGGGACACACCACCGCACUCCCAGCAGUCCCCAAAGAAAUCGAAACACAGACAGACUGCGCACUGAAGUGACGCACGUCUACAAGCUCACGUCUCAUUUCCUGCGGGAGCCAGAAGUCUACAAUGACGAUUGGAUUGUCAAUAACCUCAUCACGUACGCAAAAGACAUACGGAUAUUUUUGAGCGACUCCGAGGUCCAGAACGAUUGGGAGUUCCAACGAUUGCGCUUUCACUACUGUGGCCUGAUGGAAGAACUUUUCGAGGGGGUCAAUCGUACCAAAGAUCCCUCCCGAUGGAUUCCAUUUGAAUCCCGCAAGUCCGCCUUUUCCCUUAUGGAGGACUGGUGCGGGUAUUCGCCCAACCAAGCCCAGAUCUCCGAGAGAGAAGAGAAUAUGCGCAAACUUGCCAUGGCCCAGCCGCACGAGGGUGGAGAAAUGAGAAAUACCGCCGCAGCUAUGGAGAUUGAGAAAAGAAAUCUUCGCGCAGCGGCCCUCAGUGCGAUGGCUUCUCUUUGCGCUGGCCCGAUUAGUAUCACAACGGAAAGUGGGUCUGUACUCCAAUUCGAUGUCGGACGCAUGCUGUCGUGGAUUGAUAUUAUUUUCAACACUAUCAGUGACAAGUGGCAUACGAUUGGCCGUCGGGCACUGAAAAAUCUCAUUAUCCAUAAUAAGGAGCAUUCAUACCUGAUGGAGCGGUCUAUUGAGAUGUGCUAUGUGACCGAACGUCCCAAAUCUCUGGAGAGUUACUUUGAGGUUGUCACUGAGGUGCUUAUCGAGCAUCCAGACUAUCCACUUCGCUUCUGGAGGAUCUUAGGCGCAGUGCUGGUCACACUUGGCAGUGAGAAGCGUGAGAUCCGUAUGAAAUCAGCCAAGCUGCUUCGCAGGCUGGAAGAGCGUCAACAGAAGGAUUCGCGGCUUCAGGACUUUGAUAUAAGCAUUUCCGAUAAGACAACUGCGGUAUACAAACUUGCCCAGUUUGAGACGUCCAAACGCCUUGCGAACCAACACGCUGAUUUGGCGUUCACCCUGUUCUCGGAGUUCUCGCUGCAUUUUCGUAAUCUGCGCGCAGAUAGCCAGCGGAAUAUGGUUGCUGCUAUAUUACCCUGGGUUCAGAUGAUGGAGCUGCAAGUGGAUCCGAAUGGCGGCCCAACAGCUCGAUCGUACAUGCUUUUGGCGAAUCUUUUCGAAAUCACAAUCCGUUGCAGCACUGUGCUUCCGAACCAAGUACAAGCCCUGUGGCAAGCGUUGGCAACGGGGCCUCAUGGUGGCAAUGUGCAACUAGUUCUCGACUUUAUCAUCAGCCUCUGCUUGGAACGCAAAGAACAAAACUUCGUUGACUAUGCUAAGCAGAUUGUUGUCUUCUUGGCGGGGACUCCGGCUGGGUCAAAAGUGAUCGAGUUCUUCCUUCUGCAAGUGGUACCUAAGAAUAUGGUGCAGGAGCGCAAAGAUGUGACCUUACCACCCCCGGAUAUCAAGACGCUGCCAUAUGUUGCUGACCUCGGCACUGUGCUACCAGUGGGUAACAAGCAGGCUGGUCUCUCGCUUGGACAGGUAGCGCUCAUUUUUCUGGUGGAUCUCAUGGUGGCUCCCGUCACUCUGGUUUUGAGUGAUGUGAUUAAACUUCUUCAUGUCGUACUUAUCCUCUGGGAUCACUAUACUGUCACCGUUCAAGAGCAAGCGCGAGAAAUGUUGGUCCAUCUGAUCCAUGAGCUGGUUGCUGCCAAGUUGGAGGAUGAUGCUCCCGCGGAGGCUCGGCAGUCCAUGGAAGACUUUGUGGAGUCAAUUCGCAAGAGUGACCCUGCAGUGGUCUGGGAGUAUGAAGAAAACCAGAGGAAAGAGGAGGAGGCAGAUGAUCGACGCGUGCCUCCAUCUAUGGCCACGGUGACGCGUGAUGUGGUCAAAUUUCUCAGUUUUGCUUAUGAAGGCGUUGGCGAUCUAUUGGCGAAAGAGGCGCUGAACUGGGCGACCUCUUGCCCUGUUCGCCACCUUGCCUGCCGCUCGUUCCAGAUCUUCCGGUGUAUCUCGACCUCAUUAGACUCGCGAAUGCUGGCGGACAUGUUGGCUCGCCUGUCCAAUACGAUUGCGGACGAGGAGACCGACUAUCAAACUUUCUCUAUGGAGAUUUUGACCACUCUGAAGAUCAUCAUCGGUUCAUUAGCACCAGUGGAUCUCUUGCACUACCCCCAGUUGUUCUGGACAACGUGCGCUUGUCUUAAUACAAUCCACGAGAGCGAAUUUAUUGAGAGUCUUGGCAUGCUGGAGAAAUUCCUCGACAGAAUUGACCUCGCCGAUCCUGUUGUGGUUCAACAGCUUAUUGAGGGCCAGCCUCCUAAGUGGGAGGGUGGCUUUGACGGCCUCCAAGAUCUUGUCUUCAAGGGUCUCAAGUCGUCUGACUCAUUCAGUCGCACCUUGGACGUACUUCAUCGCCUGAGUGGUUUGCCAAACAACGACCUCAUUGGAGAUGGGACUCGACAGCUGUUCACUAUUCUGGCGAACCUGCCGUCUUUCCUUGAAAGCUUCGAACAGGGGUUUACAGAUCCGAAGCCUAUUAUGCAUGCUAGCUUGCUGGCGCGUGUUGCGGAACAUGAACAUUGCCCUCGUCUCGCUGCUUCGCUAUUUGGCUUCGCCAAUCAGCAAUACAAGACGGAGGGUGUCUUCCUGGACCAUAUUAUUACCGAAAUCAAGUCUUACUAUUUCCCGCAACUCGAUUUCCAGUGCUUAAUCUUCCUGAUGGGCCUUCUCACCAACACAAGCGAUUGGUUCCGUGUCAAGACCAUGAAGAUACUGUGUGUCUUGAUUCCCGAGGUCGACAUGCGUCGGAACGAGGUCACCUGCCACGGCCCGGACUUAAUUUCUCCAUUGCUGCGACUUCUGCAGACCAACCUGUGCCCCCAGGCUUUGGAGGUGCUUGACAAUAUCAUGACUGUCUCUGGUAACCCUAUGGAGCGCCAUCAUCUGCGCAUGAGUAUGGCCUCGGCGACUUCGUCUCGUGCCAUUCGCAAAGAAUACGAGCGGAUCCAGAGCUUGUAUGGUAUUCCCGAGGAAACAGGAUGGUCAGUUCCUAUGCCUGCGACACAGUCCACCAUGACUCGCAGCAACGUCCAUGCUGUCUUCUACACGUGCGCCGAGGCCGACGACAUGAACGCACAGGAUACGAUGACACCUGAUGUGGAGUUCCAUGCCGACGAGUACAAGGACUCUUUCUUCCCUAUGCGGGCGGACACGAUGAAAUCCAUCGACACGCAGACUGAUGGCAACAUGGGCGAUAUUGUCCAGAAGCUGGACAGCCUCGACGACUUCUUUGAGGAGACCGAGUCGAGUGUUCCCAGUCUCAAUUCCGUCGCUCCGUCGAUGCUACGUGGCUUCACUGGAAGUUAUGUUGACACAAAUGCCCACCUCUACGACCAGCAGACCGCACCAAUCCUACGCAAGUCGCUUGCUCGAACCGGCUCUUCCUCUUCUUUCCAUAACGGGCUUGCUGAAUCUCGUCCAACCAAUUUCCGCUUUGACGGGCCUGGAAUGCCCUCUCCUGUGACCCAUAGCCAUAGCCAUAAUCCUUCUCAAAACCUCCAACCUCUCCGUCCGGUUUCACACACUCGCUCCGUCACUUCUCCUGCCAACAACCUCUUUGUUCACACCCAGCAGCCAGUGCCGCACCAUGCUCCCUCUGUGGGCCUGCAUGAGUUUGCCUUCCUUUCCGACGACGAAAUCGACGAGGCUCAUUCGGACCUAGACGAGCGCCCGGUUGGCAAGAGACCAAUCCACCCUCCUUUGCCGCCCAUGAUUCGCAGUGCGACUGAUGGCUCUCACUCUCUCGAGUCUAUGAUCCGCAGCGGCAUGCGACGACUCACCGGCGGGGCAGCCAAUAACCGAGAGAAAGAACGCCAACGCGAUCUCCUUCGCGCCCAACAUCGUGCCAUGGUUCAAACCGCAAAUUCACCCCGGGUACCAAAAGUGCCCGAGGAGUACCUCGCCGGACCGACUAGCCACCCAACAUCUCCACGGUCAUAA